AUGCAGCAAAUCGUAAUUUUCAAAACCUGUCUUGUUGCUUGUUUUGUAAUAAAACCGUGUGGAUAUGAACCUGGUCGCGUGUUUUCUUGGGCGGACCUCUGGGCGGUGGUCGGCGAUGGCGAGCCGAGGGACCGGUCCUUAGCGGAGCACGCUGGGUCCCUGGGGACAGUGGCCGGGCAGCGCCCUCGCGGCGUGGGCGGAGGCCCCGGUGGUGGCCCCGCGGGCCCCGCCCUUAAAGCUGGAGGCCGCUCGGCUGCACGCGGCCGGGAAGGAGCGGCGGGACCCGGACGCCGAGCCAGGUUGGGCACCUGCGGCUGCGCGGAGGGCGCGGUGUGCGGCAGCGACGGGCGCACCUACCCCAGCCUGUGCGCGCUCCGGGCGGAGAACCGCGCCGCGCGCCUGCGGGGAGCGCUCCCGGCUGUGCCGGUGCAGAAGGGAGGCUGCGGGGACGCAGGGAACGAAGCGCCCCUGGCCCCCAGGAGGGAACGUCUCUUCGCAGGAACCAGAAGCGUAGGGCGGCUCCGAGGCAAGUACAACUUCAUCGCCGAGGUGGUGGAGAAGGUGGCGCCCUCAGUGGUUCACCUGCAGCUCUUCCGUAGAUCACCUCUCAGCAACAAGGAAAUCCCUGCCUCCAGUGGCUCUGGGUUCAUAGUGUCUGAGGAUGGGCUCAUCGUCACCAAUGCCCACGUCCUCACCAACCAGCAGCGCAUCCAGGUGGAACUCCAGAGUGGGGCCCGGUAUGAAGCCACUGUCAAGGACAUCGACCAUAAACUGGAUCUUGCACUGAUUAAAAUUGAGCCAGACACUGACCUCCCUGUAUUACUGCUGGGAAGGUCAUCUGAUCUUCGGGCUGGAGAGUUUGUGGUGGCUUUGGGCAGCCCAUUUUCCCUGCAGAACACAGUGACUGCAGGGAUUGUCAGCACCACACAACGAGGAGGCAAAGAGCUGGGGCUGAAGGAUUCAGACAUGGACUAUAUCCAGACCGAUGCCAUCAUUAAUCAUGGGAACUCUGGUGGACCUCUGGUGAACCUGGAUGGCGAUGUGAUUGGCAUAAACACACUGAAGGUGACUGCUGGGAUCUCCCUUGCGAUUCCCUCAGAUCGGAUCAGACAGUUCUUGGCAGAAUACCAUGAGCGACAAUUGAAAGGAAAGGCACCUUCCCAGAAGAAAUAUCUGGGCCUGCGAAUGCUACCCCUCACUCUAAACCUUCUCCAAGAAAUGAAGAGGCAAGAUCCAGAUUUCCCUGAUGUGAGUUCUGGGGUUUUUGUAUAUGAAGUGAUUGAAGGAACAGCUGCUGAAAACUCCGGGUUGAGAGACCAUGAUGUAAUUGUCAGCAUAAAUGGGCAACCUGUCACCACCACAACUGAUGUCAUUGAUGCUGUGAAGGACAACGACUCUCUCUCCAUGAUUGUACGACGGGGAAAUCAAACCUUGUUUCUGACAGUCAUACCUGAAAUAAUCAAUUAAGUAUCUUACUUUAAGGAGAAAUUAGCGACCAAAACCAGUCACAUUGCCUGGUUUGCAGUGAGGAAGUAACAAAGACGGCAGGAACACAAACAUCAGGAAAAAUGGAUGCUCUGAAUGCAGGGGCACACACACCUGCAUAUGCCCACAUGCAUGCAUAUGUAUACUCAUACAGAGCCAGGGAUCUUUAGGUGGGAGGUGCUACUCUGCUAUAACAAAACCUAAGUCAAGUAGAAAUAGACAUGGUGUCUGGAAGCUUGGGGAACUGCCAAAAUUUCACUUUAAGAUAGUAAACAACUAAAAACCAGGCAAUUCCUAAUUGAAUCUUGAUAGAAAGGUGUUUCAGUAACCUUAUAUAGCAACAAACUAUGCACGUAUGCAUGUACAAAUACUCUGCCUGCCAAAGAGCACCAAAAAGUCUGAACCUGGAGUAAAAAGUGAUCACGUUUUCAGUAGUAUUCCAUGGUGUACUUGGUUUGCCCAGGUCCCACCACAUUUUGGCCAGGGUUUGUGGAUAGAAAGGUCGUUUACAAAACAGUCAGAAACCAAUGACACUGAUUGUCACACAGGAGUAUGACCCUCAAAAUGAUCACUUUAGUAGAAACAAUUCUGGUCUCCAAAGUUGUUUCUGAGAACAGCUUCUUCUAUUAAACAGCUUCUUGAACAAUUUAUAGACUUAGCUUUUUACUUAAGUUCUUUUUUGGUGGACCUUGUAAAUGCUAACAGGGAGAUUUCUAAACAGUGAAAUAAAUGUUGGCUUAAAGUAAA